CGGCGGCGGCGGCGGCCGCGGCGCCGGCCCCGCCGUCGCUAUGAACGAGUCGGUGGUACGACGGACGCAGGAGUGCUUGGGACAAGUGAUCCGCAAGCCGCCCUUGACGGAUCGGCUGCUGAGUAAGCCGCCCUUCCGCUACCUGCACGACGUGAUCACCGAGGUGAUCAGAGUGACAGGCUUCAUGAAAGGGCUUUACACGGAUUUUGAAUUGAAAUCAGAUAAUGUCAAGGAUAAAGAUGCCAAAAUCAGCUUCCUUCAGAAGGCCAUCGAUGCUGUUGUAAUGGUAACGGGAGAGCCACUGUCAGUAAAACCAGCACGUGUUGUGGCUGGACACGAACCUGAGAAAACAAAUGAGUUUCUGCAAGCCAUUGGGAAGUGUUGCUUAAAUAAGCUGUCCAGUGAUGUUGCUGUAAAAAAGAUCUUAGCUGGGGAAAGAGCUGAUGCUAAAGGAAAACCUCCAUCCAGUAAACCUCGAGAUACAGAAAGCAGGGAGACCAAAACAGAAGAGCAAAAAAGCCGUAGGGAUAAAGAGGGAAGAGGAGAUACUGACAUUAAAGACAGAAGUUCGAGCAGAGACAGAAAAUCCAAAGGAGAUGUCAAAGAGAGCGAAGAAAGAGAAAAGGAAAGUGAAAAACAGAAGGAUAAUGAGGAGAGGCACAAAGACUCUGAAAGGGACAACUUUAAGGAAGGAGAAAAACAAGAAAGGGAAAGAAACAAAAGCAGAACAACCAAGCAGGGAAGAGAAACAGAAAAAAGCAAGGGAAAAAGAGACGUAGAACGAGAAGAUAACAUUGAAUGGAAUAAAGUACAGGAAAGGGAGAAAAAAAAUGAAGGAGGAAGAGAAACAGACAGACUGAAAGGAAGAGACAAAGAUAAGACCAGGGAGAGAGAACGAGAGAAGGACAGAGAGAAGGGAAAAGACCGUGAAAGGGACAGACAGAGAGACAGAGGGAGAGAUGGAGAGCAUGUACAAGAGCACGGAAAGGAUAAAGCAGAGAAAAAGUCUUUCGAUUCUGAGGAAUCCAAACUUGGAAAACUGCAGAGGCCAACUAAAGCCAGUAAGUGCCAGCCAGAUGAUGAGAGUGAAAGUCCUGCAGGAAUAUCAAGGCAGCCUUCAACAAAAGGAUCAAGGCAACGCGCCAAACCCAGAGGAGAAGAAACGGUAGAAAUGAAGAGUGUGGCAGAUGGGAUUUCAGAGGACAGUGCUGCUAAACUGCAGGAGAAAGCUGAACCAGGACUUGUAGUAAAACAGAAAGAAGAAGAAGCAGAGAACCUUGAUCCUGAAAAGCCUGAAGUAUCUGAAAAUGGUGAAGUAGCCAAUGAUCUUCCACCUCAGGCUAUCCAAAGACGUAUUCCCCGUCCUAGCAGUGCAAGGCCAGCACCACCCCGAGUAGUAAAACGCCAAGAGAGCACGGAGGCCUUGCUUCCAGAAAGGAACGGUAGUAGUAAAGCAUUCUCAAAUGUGAUCACAGACCAGCAGGCUUCUGAUGAUGAUGAUGAUGACCAGUUUGUGGUGGAGGCAGCCUUGCCAGUGCCCAAAAUGCCAGAGCUGGAAAUGGAACCAGAAGUGGAUCUGGAGGAGGAUGAAAAGCAUGGUGGACUUGUAAAAAGAAUCCUAGAAACAAAAAAGGAUUAUGAAGCAUCACAAAAAUCAUCAAAGACAACAGAGAAGGAGAAGCCUUUUGUAUCAGAAGCAGCGAGGAAGAAAGAGAGAGAGUUGGUAGCCAAAGAAAUGGAGAAGUUUCGGGACUCUAUUCAGACUCUGUGCCGCAGUGCCUUUACGCUUGGCAGGAUCAUGGACUACGUUCAAGAAGACAUGGAUGCCAUGAAGAACGAGUUGCAGAUGUGGCGGCAUGAGAACAGACAGCAUGCAGAAGCUCUGCAGAAAGAGCAGAGCAUCACGGACAGUGCUGUAGAACCACUAAAAGCUGAACUGGCUGAGCUGGACCAGCUGAUUGAAGAUCAGCAAGACAAGAUUCGUGCUGUUAAAGCUAAUGUUUUAAAGAAUGAGGACAAAAUCCGGAGGAUGGUACUUAGCAUAAACCUGUCUUCAAGAAGGUGAAGAAGGGAGGGACAAAAAAAAGCCUUGGGACUGAUAGACUGAUAUUCCUACCAAAUAAAAAUUCUUACCAAA